AUGAGGUAUGAGGGGUAGGGGGUACAGCCUCUGAAAAAAGUGUGUGUGUGUGUGUGUGUGUGUGUGUGUGUGUGUGUGUGUGUGUGUGUGUGUGUGCGUGCGUGCGCGUGCUCGCGCAUGGCAUGAUUAGAUGAUGUUCAAGGACAGCCAAGCUGUGUGUGAGAGAUAACACUGGUCCUGGCUAUUGCAGCUCCUCUUUCUGUCCUGGCUAUUAAUCACAGGAUGGGUGUGCGUUUGCAUGUGGAGGUGUGUGCGCGUGUUUGGGUGCGUGCAUGUAUGUGUGUGUGGGGGGGGGGGCAGCAUAAUAUUUGUGUCAGCAGCAGUUUUAUUUAGCCUUUGUUGUUUAUGCCUGCUCCACUAAUUCCCCCUCUACAAUAUAGAGUGUACCCUCCUUAAGGACCCUCUGCUGUGUGUCCUCCUCCAUUUUGAGUAAGAAUGGGAGUGGGAGGUUAAGGGAUUUUAACAUGGAUCAGUUGAGUAACUGUAUGACAGAGGUCGCCUGCUGUGUCAUCGGAGAGUGCAUAUUAAUACAACUUGUAAAUGCCUGUACAUGAAUAUAGAAGAAGCAAGGCGAUUUUCCAUUUUGAAUAAGGACUCUCCAUCUCCCCCAUCUCCCCCUCUCUCUCUCUCCAGGUCCACUGCCCUGCAGUGUUUACAGCUCUACUGUAACAUUGUCCUUUCUCUCACCUUCCACAACUGUCUUUCUCUAUCUCUCCUCCAGCUCCUUUCUCCAGUUCCGAGGGUUUUUCAAAGCUUGGUUACUAACAUUAUCCUCUCUCUUCCAUUCUCUCUCUCUCUCUCUCUCUCUCUUUCUCUCUCUCUCCUCAGCCCCUCUCUCCUGUUUGGAGGGUUUUACAGAGCUGGGUUACUAUAACGGCUCUGUGUCUCAGACGGACUCUGGCGCUCUCUGCCUGCGGUGGACAGAGUUUCCAGACUACGUGCUGCAGUACCCCGGUCGAGGCCUUGGGGAGCACAGCUAUUGCCGUAACCCUGACAGAGAGUCCAACCCCUGGUGCUUCUUCAGACAGACCUCUGGGGCCAUCGGCUGGGCCUACUGCGACUGCCACCAGGGUAGGUCUACAGCACAUAUGUGAAAUAGGCAUAUUAAAAAAAUGCAGAAGUUUGUACAGUGAGGGAAAAAAGUAUUUGAUCCCCUGCUGAUUUUGUACCUUUGCCCACUGACAAAGAAAUAAUCAGUCUAUAAUUUUAAUGGUAGGUUUAUUUGAACAGUGAGAGACAGAAUAACAACAAAACAAUCCAGAAAAACACAUGUCAAAAAUGUUAUAAAUUGAUUUGCAUUUUAAUGAGGGAAAUAAGUAUUUGACACCCUCUCAAUCAGAAAGAUUUCUGGCUUCCAGGUGUCUUUUAUACAGGUAACGAGCUGAGAUUAGGAGCACACUCUUAAAGGGAGUGCUCCUAAUCUCAGUUUGUUACCUGUAUAAAAGACACCUGUCCACAGAAGCAAUCAAUCAAUCAGAUUCCAAACUCUCCACCAUGGCCAAGACCAAAGAGCUCUCCAAGGAUGUUAGGGACAAGAUUGUAGACCUACACAAGGCUGGAAUGGGCUACAAGACCAUCGCCAAGCAGCUUGGUGAGAAGGUGACAACAGUUGGUGCGAUUAUUCACAAAUGGAAGAAACACAAAAUAACUGUCAAUCUCCCUCGGCCUGGGGCUCCAUGCAAGAUCUCACCUUGUGGAGUUGCAAUGAUCAUGAGAACGGUGAGGAAUCAGCCCAGAACUACACGGGAGGAUCUUGUCAAUGAUAUCAAGGCAGCUGGGACCAUAGUCACCAAGAAAACAAUUGGUAACACACUACGGCGUGAAGGACUGAAAUCCUGCAGCGCCCGCAAGGUCCCCCUGCUCAAGAAAGCACAUAUACAUGCCCGUCUGAAGUUUGCCAAUGAACAUCUGAAUGAUUCAGAGGAAAACUGGGUGAAAGUGUUGUGGUCAGAUGACACCAAAAUUGAGCUCUUUGGCAUCAAUUCAACUCACCGUAUUUGGAGGAGGAGGAAUGCUGCCUAUGACCCCAAGAACACCAUCCCCACCGUCAAACAUGGAGGUGGAAACAUUAUUCCUUGGAAGUGUUUUUCUACUAAGGGGACAGGACAACUUCACCGCAUCAAAAGGGACAAUGGAUGGGGCCAUGUACCGUCAACUCUUGGGUGAGAACCUCCUUCCCUCAGCCAGGGCUUUGAAAAUGGGUUGUGGAUGGGUAUUCCAGCAUGACAAUGACCCAAAACACACGGCCAAGGCAACAAAGGAGUGGCUCAAGAAGGGGUACAUUAAGGUCCUGGAGUGGCCUAGCCAGUCUCCAGACCUUAAUCCCAUAGAAAAUCUGUGGAGGGAGCUGAAGGUUUGAGUUGCCAAACGUCAGCCUCGAAACCUUAAUGACUUGGAGAAGAUCUGCAAAGAGGAGUGGGACAAAAUCCCUCCUGAGAUGUGUGCAAACCUGGUGGCCAACUACAAGAAACAUCUGACCUCUGUGAUUGCCAACAAGGGUUUUGCCACCAAGUACUAAGUCAUGUUUUGCAGAGGGGUCAAAUACUUAUUUCCCUCAUUCAAUUGCAAAUCAAUUUAUAACAUUUUUGACAUGCGUUUUUCUGGAUUUUUUUGUUGUUAUUCUGUCUCUCACUGUUCAAAUAAAUCUACCAUUAAAAUUAUAGACUGAUCAUGUCUUUGUCAGUGGGCAAACGUACAAAAUCAGCAGGGGAUCAAAUACUUUUUUUCCCUCACUGUAUAUGUAUAUAUAUGUACAAAACAUUAAGAACACCUCCCUAAUAUUGAGUUGCAAUCCCCUCCCUUUUGCCCUCAGAACAGCCUCAAUUCGUCAGGGCAUGGACUCUACAAGGUGUCAAAAGCGUUCCACAGGGAUGCUGGCCCAUAUUGACUCCAAUGCUUCCCACAGUUGUGUCAAGUUGGCUGGAUGGCCUUUGGGUGGCUGACCAUUCUUAAUACACACGGGAAACUGUUGUCGUGAAAAACCCAGCAGCUUUGCAGUUCUUGACACACUCAAUCCGGUGUGCCUGGCACCUAAUACGAUACCUUUUGUCUUGCCUAUUCACCCUCUGAAUGGCACACAUACACAAUCCAUGUUUCAAUUGUCUCAAGGCUUAAAAAUCCUUCUUUAACGUGUCUCCUCCCCUUCAUAUACAUAGAUUGAAGUGGAUUUAAAAAGUGACAUCAAUAAGGGAUCAUAGCUUUCACCUGGAUUCACCUGGUCAGUCUAUGUCAUGGAAAGAGCAGGUGUUUUAAUGUUUUGUACACUCAGUGUAUAUAUACAGUGCAUUCGGAAAGUAUUCAGACCCCUUCACUUGUUCCACAUUUUGUUACGUUAUAGCCUUAUUAUAAAAUGGAUUAAAUUACAUUUUUCCUCAUCAAUUUAUACACAAUACCCCAUAAUGACAAAACAAAAACAGGAUUGUGUCGAGGCACAGAUCUGGGGAAGGGUACCUAAAAAUGUCUGCAGCAUUGAAGGUACCCAAGAACACUCAGACCAUGAGAAACAAGAUUCUCUGUUCUGAUGAAACCAAGAUUGAACUAUUUGGCCUUAAUGCCAAGCGUCACGUCUAGAGGAAACCAGGCACCGCUCAUUACCUGGCCAAUACUGUCCCUACGGUGAAGCAUGGUGAUGGCAGCAUCAUGCUGUGGAGAUGUUUUUCAGAGGCAGGGACUGGGAGACUAGUCAGCAAAGUACAGAAUGGAGCAAAGUACAGAGAGAUCCUUGAUGAAAAUCUGCUCCAGAGUGCUCAGGACCUCAGACUGGGGUGAAGGUUCACCUUCCAACAGGACAAUGACCCUAAGCACACAGCCAAGACAAUGCAGGAGUGGUUUCGGGACAAGUCUCUCAAUGUCCUUAAGUGGCCCAGCCAGAGUUCGGACUUGAACCCGAUCAAACAUCUCUGGAGAGACCUGAAAAUAGCUGUGCAGCGACGCUCCCCAUCCAACCUGACGGAGCUUGAGAAGCUCUGCAGAGAAAAAUGGGAGAAAAUCCCCAAAUACAGAUGUGCCAAGCUAGUAGCGUCAUACCAAAAGACUCAAGGCUGUAAUCGCUGCCAAAGGCCCUUCAACAAAGUACAGAGUUAAGGGUCAGAAUUAUGUAAAUGUCAUAUUUCCCAAAAAAUUUUUUUUUCUACAUUGUGUGUAGUUGGAUGAGGGGAAAAAAAACUAUUUAAUCCAUUUUAGAAUAAGGCUGUAACGUAACAAAAUGUGGAAAAAGUGAAGGGGUCUGUAUACUUUCCGAAUGCACCGUAUAUGACAAAUAGCAAAUAACUUGUACAUAAUAUUUGGAUUUGAUGAGAUACCUGUCGUCUGAGUCUUUCUUCCGUCUCUCCCUCUCCUAGGUGCAGCUCGGCUGGUGGGCGGGACAUCGUCAGGAAGUGGACGUGUGGAGGUGUACCUGAAUGGCCAGUGGGGGGCAGUGUGUGACUCUCAUUGGACAUACAGAGAUGCCAGUGUGAUCUGCAGACAGCUGGGACUGGGGUGAGGGAUAUGUGUGGUAGGAGUGUGUAUGUUUGAGUGCGCCUCCUCAUCAAGAUCAGCAUUGUAGCAUCGCAGCAUUUCGGUUUCAUCUGUAAGACUGUGUGUGUCCUCAGGGAGAUCGGCACAGCGUUGCAGCGCUCCCGGUUCGGCUCAGGCUCUGGUCUCUUCCACUAUGAGCGGCUGGGUUGCCGUGGUGAUGAGAGCUCCAUCAGCCAAUGCCGGAGCAGGACAUUUGUUACCGGGGAUUGUAGCCAUGGAAACGAGGCGGGAGUGGUGUGUGCUCCACCAGAAGGUCAGUAGAAAGCAUCGGGAGCUAGAGAGAAGGAAAGAAAGUGUGCAUAUUGUUACCUCUUGACUCUACUUAGCAUCCAUAUUGGGUCAUUGUUUCCUCCCCCAGGCAGUGGUCCUCCUCUACGAUUGGUUGGAGGAGAGGAAGACUUUGAGGGGCGUGUGGAGGUGUUUCACGGCAAUAGGUGGGGCUCCGUCUGUGAUGACCAAUGGGACCACAGAGACGCAGAGGUGGUCUGUCGACAGCUGGGCUUCGGGUGAGUGUGUGUGUUUGUGUGCGCACGAGAGAGAGAGAGGAGACUCUGUAGUAGCAUUUAUACUCCGCUAGAGGAAGAGUCAUUAUUGUUGUUUUGCACAUUGAUGUACCCAUGUGUUUCAGGGGCGUGGCGAAGGCCUGGUCGUGGGCCCACUUCGGACAGGGCUCAGGUCCCAUUCAAUUGGACGCCGUAAGGUGUACAGGAAAUGAACUCUUCCUGGACCAGUGUCUUCAUGGAGACUGGGAACAACACAACUGUGACCAUAUGGAAGAUGCUGGGGUGUCCUGCAGCCCCUACACAGGUACACACACAUAUUUCAACCACGCAUGCAUGCACACAAACAAACACACAUUCCAAAAACAGAUAUAACAUGCACACAUAUGACUGUGUGUGUUCCAGACGGUGUGGUCCGGUUGGUAGGAGGAGACAGUCCAUGGGAGGGUCGUGUGGAGGUGUUCCACUCUGGGGACUGGGGUACGGUGUGUGAUGACCACUGGACUCAACAACACGCACAGGUGGUCUGUCGACAGCUCGGAUACAGGUGUGUACCUUCUUUUGCAGACAUGGCCACACUUGGAAGAGACAAUAGUGCCAGUCUUGAAUUUCGUUGUUGUUGAUUGAAUUUCGUUGUUGUUGAUUGAAUUUCGUUGUUGUUGAUUCCUGUAACUAGGAAGUCUCCACUCUGUUUAUGAUUUUAAAGUAGACUCAGUGAUAUGACAUCAUCAUAAAUGUUGGAGCUUUAUGGUAAUCAACAACUACCAAAUUGUACCUUUAAGUUGAUGUAAUUUCGUGGUCUACCUCUAGGGGGCAUGCUGAGGUGAUGGCUGACAGAACGUUUGGCAAGGGUUCUGGUCUCAUCCUAUUGGACGAUGUUCGUUGUGAGGGAACGGAGUCGUCCCUGCUGGACUGUCGCCAUGGCAUCUGGGGCCGUAGCGACUGUUCCCAUGGAGAGGACGUGGGCGUCCGUUGCAGGGCCGGAGCUAAAGAAGAAGAUACCAAUGAGGUCCCGGCUGUCACACUUGCCACAGGUAAGCCCUUUUUCCUGGGAUUCAGUUUUUACUUUGAACAAGUAUGUUUUCAAAGAUAUAUGUGAUGUGUAUAAUGUCUGUGUGUUGCAGGUCCCCUGGUGCGUCUGGUAGGGGGUGGUAGCCAUAAGAAAGGUCGUGUGGAGGUGUAUCUCCAUGGAGACUGGGGAAGUAUCUGUGACUCAGGCUGGAACGACCUGAACGCCGCCGUGGUCUGCAGACAGCUGGGCCACAGGUGAGUGUGUGUGUCUGUGUGCUUUAGUGUGCACAUACCUUUGUGUGUUGAAGUAAUAGUGUUUAUUCAGUCUGUACAGCAUUUUCAAUGUUUAUUUUCAAUUAUGUCCGUCUUUCAUCCUCACACUUCCACCCUUUCUCCUCCUCCUCCCCCUCUCCCUCAGUGGUCAUGCAGUAGCGGUGGAUGGGUUCGGUUGGGGAAAGGGUCCUGUCCACCUGGACCAGGUGAGGUGUAGGGGGAAGGAGGACUUCCUGGGGGAGUGUCCGUCUCUGGGCCGGAGCCCUGCGGGCUGCAGACGGAGAGAGGAUGCAGGGGUGAGCUGCGACUCCGCCCCCCAGUCAACAGAGGGCCAAGCCAGGCCAAGUGAGCGCACCUGUGGAGUGAGGAAGAUUGUGGCGGAAAAGGAACGAGAGGAAGAGUGGAGUGGGAGGAGGAGGAGAGAAUAUACUCAGGUAAGAGAAGCUUUACCUACAGUUUAGAUACACAGUACAGUAUAUCAUACAUGAGAACACAUAUACACAUCUCCCCCUCUCCUCUAGGACGUCGUGGCCGUGGCAGGUGUCAGUGUGGUUGGGUUCUGAGGGGAAAGAUGGCCAUCCUAUUUGCAGUGGUACUCUGAUCUCUCCCUGCUGGGCGCUCGCCUCCGCUCACUGCUUCACCAGGUGAAGAGCACUUCUCCUUUUUAUUUUCUCCGCUCUUUUCCUGACAUUUGUAAACUCACUCGUUUUUGAUGCUCACGUCUUCUUUUUCUGCCUGUGUUUCUCCCCAUCCAAUUUUUUUCUGUCCCCCUUUUCAAAAUACUUACACCCCCUAUCUAUAUCUCUCUCUCUCUCCCCCCCUCCAUCCUCUAGGUUUGGUAUUGACCCAUCCCAGUACGUGGUGCGUGUGGGGGGUUCUGACCGAACUCUGACCCUGGAGAAAGUGGUGGUCCACAGGAAGUUCAGGUCAGAUCAGGGCCCUGGGGGUCAUGACCUGGCCCUGCUGAGGCUGCCCAGCCCCAAGGGUCACUGUUUGACUUUUGACCCCCACACCAAUGCUGCCUGCCUCCCCACCCCGGACACUGCGGGUGGCAAGACCCCCUCCACCUGCAUCGCUGCGGUUACCGCAGGCUGGGACGGCCCAGGUACGCCUCACCUUCCACUCCCUCAACUCUGAUCUCUCAACUACAACCUCCGAGGACAUUGAUUUGUGGUUUAGCAUCGCUGACACAUUAGUAACUUAUUUUCAUUUUUUUCUCUCUCCUUCCUUCCUUCCUACUGUACAUCCACUCUCCCCAUUCUCUCACAAUCGCUUCCUCAUCCUCCAACCCCUCCCCUUGUCCCUUCACAGAUGCUGUGCUUCAGUCCUGGGUACCCCUCCUGUCGUCAUGGCAGUGUAAGAAGCGUUAUGGGGAUGGUUACUCCUCCCACGGCACGCUGUGCGCCGGCAGCCCCCCCGACACACGCCGUCUCCACAGGAACAACGGUUGCCAGGGCAACUGGGGUGGCGGGCUGGUGUGCCAGGGAGACGGGGGGCGAUGGGUGUUGACCGGGAUUGUCUCCGGGGGUUACGGUUGCAGCGACCCCUCAACCCCGGCGCUCUACACACGGGUUGGCCGGUUCCGGGGCUGGAUUGAGGAGGUCACACACACACACACACACACGCAAGAGCGGGAGCAGGAGCGGAACACACACAGUCAGGAGCACGAGGAGCUCAAACACACACAGGAUCAGCUCACACACACGGAGGAGCGGAGAAUACUUGCAUACGAUUAUGACGAGCUGCAACACACACACUCCCAAGAGCAGAGCACACACACUGAUGAUCAAUUCAUACACACACAGCACAACAAUAAACAUACACACGAUCCCAAUGAGCAUAAACACACUCACACUCACAAUCAGCACGCACAUACACACACGCACGAUAAACACACACACACCCACGAAGCAGUCACACACACACACAACCUGGUCUGA